AAGUGUCAAAAAUCUAUCUGUCACGUUUGAAGAUAAAGGCUCGAUACUAAGAAGACACAACCGUUACACCACCGAUAGCUAUUUUGAAAGUUCACCGCUAAUGGAUCCAGACUCCGAGAGCACUGCCACUGAUGAUGGAAAUACCGAAAAUUUCUGUGAUAAUCCAACCAGAGACAUUCUAGCCGAUGGCAUAAUAUCAAUGUUUCGGCCGUGUGUCGAUCAGCUGCAGGAGCGGGUAAAAGCGACUCGCAUUGCUCAAUAUGAACUGAAACAAUUGCUGGAAAAUUUAACCAUGAAAUUGAAAGCGAUCGAAAAGUCACAGCAAACGCCCGUCAUUUUGGACGAAUAUUUGAAGAAGAUGAUCAAUGUGAAGCACAAAGUGACGGUGGUCUACAAUGUGUUGAACAAUGCCCAAGACCGACUUAAUUCCAUUUAUAAGCAAAUUGAGGCGGAAAAAAUUAAGGGCCGUGCGUUGUUGGAUGAUAAAGAGGGACGAUGAAUUCGCCGCCUUUCGUUUUUUGUUUAUUUUUUGUUGAUUUUUUUUUGUAAAUUAAAUUUAAUUGAAAAGAAUGUCCGAUGAAUUGGAAUGGUGUAUGCUUGAGUUACAUUUAAUGUUUAUGAAUUAAAAUAUUGAAAUUUUUGUAUA